UUAAGAAAUAAACACUGAAUAAUGAUUUGUCAUUUCUGACGGCUAUGAUGUAUUUUAAUCAAUCGAAAGUUAUAUAUUAUGAAUCAAUCAUAAAAUUUUAAAUAUUUUUUGUAUAUAAGAUAUUUUGCGAAAUCAAAAAUCAGGAUGUCCAAGGAAAACUUUUUACCAAAAAAACGGCAGCUGCCCAAACUGAUGGCUUGUAUUACCAAAAACAGUUUGGAGAAUUUCCGAAGCAAACUUAUCUUUACUUUAGACGUUCUCGAUGCUAAUGGUAUACGAAGGCGCAAAUUUCCUCUACACGAAUGUCUCAUUCUAGAGAUGAAAGAAGCUGGUUAUUCUGAAUCCUCAGCAUAUCUUCAGGAUCUUAUUUAUGAUAACGUGCAGCUAGUUAAUGAAGACGAUAUCGGCAUUGUUGUGGAUCUAAGAAAGCGCGAAGAUUAUUUGGAAUACAUUUGCGAGAUUCUACAGUACGCUGAAAAAAGUCGUGAUAGAAACGAGCCUAAAAAAGAAUGUAUGUAUUUACUCAAGCUGGCACUUUAUUACGCUGAUCGAGAAAAAGGUAUUCUGUGGUUGGCUGAAAAGUUCUUUCAGGCGGCCAUUGCCGUAUCGAGCCAAUACCUGAUUGAUGGUGGUCGUUUAAAGGGUUGCUGUAAAUACCAAUUUGCAAAAUUCUUGCUCGAUAAAUUUCCAGGAGCAGAUCCAGAGGAACCCUUUCUUAUUUUGACAGAGGUCAGAGAUUCGGCGAUCGGAAAGGAGUGGCCGUUAUAUGAGUCUGAGGAGGGGGAAGAUGUUCCACCUGAUACUGUAUUUGGAGCUACUGCCAUACAGCUACAUAGGGUGCUCCUCAAUAAAGCCAGAGCGAUUCGCAAAGUGGACACACCUAAAGCCGAACGACUGGCUCGGUUGGCAGAAAGGAGGGCCAAGGAUGCCGGUGAAACAGCUAAAACCGCAGAAGCGAUAGUAGAAAUUGGGAUAUGUCAAUUAAUUAUGAACAAUUUAAACAAUGCACAGAAAACAUUUGAGAGAGCAUUCAAAAUACACGAGAGAGCUCAAAACGUGGAAGGGCUUUGCGAAACUAGAAUGCAUCUAGCAGCUGUUAUGCAACGAUUGGGUGAACAUGAGACUGCGGCCAAACUUCUGACAGAGAUGGGUGCGAUGGCAAUGGAACAUGGCUUGAGAAGACAGCUCGGCAGAGCCUUACAUUUGCUGGGCGAACUACAUCUCCGAAGAGAACGACCCGAACUUGGCACGCAACACCUCGCUGAAGCUUUCCUUUGUUUUAUGGGCUUCCGUUUUCAAUCUAUGCAAGCCACUAAUAUAGAAAGUUUAGAUGCCCAAGAAACUAAAGAGGGUAAGGAUGGCAGGAAUAGCACGGAUCCAGAAAUUGAUACUAUAUACUUUGGAUCUGAUAAACUGAUGUAUGAAGAGGAAGCGGAACAGUCUAGACUUAUGACUGCUAUAUCUGCUGGUCAAGAACUGAUGGGUUCUUACUUUAAUCUCUUGAGAGAAGCGGGAACAUGUACUGUAGCUAAAAUGAAAACUAUUGAAUGGAAGUUAUGUCACGCGCGCUGGUGGGUUAAGAGGCAACACCACGACUUCCUGCCAUGCUUGUGCCCCAUUCACAAACGUACUCCUCUUGACGUUUUAUGGAUCCAACUGGAGUGCAAGGGGACAGACAAUAAGAUAUCUCACUGGGAACUGUCCAACGAGGCACUCGGUAGAACAACUACCAUUCAAGAUAUUCGAAAGCUUCACAGCAGCUUCCUCCGUGAUUCAAAAUUAUCCCAACAUACCUAACAUUAAACUAAACUUAUUUCAUUUCAAACAUUUAUUAGAAUUAUUAAAUUACCAUUUUAUUU